CUGGCCUCCUAAUCCUCUCUCGCUCUGAAGCUGAUAUCUAGGCUAUCUUUGAAACCCUUUGUCGGAGUUGGACAUAGACUCUGAGUGUCCAACAUGUCAUCAACUACCAAAGCAUCCAGGAUUGGUGAAGAAUUAUGGAAAACAAGAGUCGAUAAAGUCAAUGCGGAACUGGUCACUUUGACAUACGGAACAAUUGUCGCACAACUCUGUCAGGACUAUGAUGGAAAUUACCCGGAAGUCAACAAGCAGUUGGAAAAAAUGGGCUACAACAUCGGAAUGCGGCUUAUCGAGGAUUUUUUGGCGAAGUCGAAUGUAGGCCGGUGCGCUAAUUUCCGGGAAACAGCAGACAUGAUCGCUAAGGUCGGCUUUCGGAUAUUCCUUAAUAUCGCGCCCACUGUAACCAAUUGGACAAGCGACAACAAUCAAUUUUCACUGGUGUUUGACGAAAACCCGCUGGCAGACUUCGUUGAAUUACCGGACGAUGGGCGGGCCCAAGAUGAGCUCUGGUUCUCAAAUAUUCUAUGUGGUGUUUUACGUGGGGCUUUGGAGAUGGUACAAAUGCAGGUUGAGGCGCAUUUUGUAAGCGAUGUACUGCGCGGAGACGACACCACGGAAAUGCGCGUAUCACUUAUAAGGUACAUCGAGGACGAGAUGCCUCCUGAAGAGGAGUAGACGCGGCAGCAAAUUCGGCG